AUGGCGGGGACGCGCAAGUGGGAUCACCUCGAGGCCAGCAGCGACGAGGAGGCGGAGGAGGAGUUUCAGGAGGAGGAGGAUGAGGAUGAGGUCGAAGAGGAGGAGGAGGACGAGAAGGAGGUGGUGGAGUACAGAUUGGGACAGGACCUGAAGUGGAAGGUUGUUGGAAGGAGUGGCGGAGGGAAGGUGAAGGCCGAGGCAGUUGCUUCUGGCUCGGCGAUCGGUCACACUGGUGGCCUUUGCUCCUCCUCUCUUACUGGCGACGGUUGCCCGGGCAAGCUCCGACCGAGCGCAGCAGGCAGCAGCAAGGAGGAGGAAACAGCCGUGGAGAAAGGGAGCAAGAAGCACGAGGAAACAGCGCCAAAGCAACCAGAGUCAUCAGCUGCAGCUGCCAAUCCAGGGAAGGGCAAGGCCGAGAGAGGAGAGGGAGGGGAGCGAGAAGAGACAGAGGGUGCUUCGAAACGCCCGGCGCAGCAGGGUGGUAUCCAGCUGCUGGAUCGAACGGACAUGGUUCACUAUCUAGACGUGAGGAACGGCUGGGAUGUCGCCGCCUGCGAGCCGUGCUUCGACCGUGUGGUGUCCCGCCGGACAAAGCUCGCCCUGGGUAUCCACAUCCUCAGGGACUUGCGCUCCACCCUCCGGCGGCAGCUGAAAGAAUCCGUAUCCCUCGUGUUACAAGCCAAUCAGGCAUCGUCACCAGCCCAGAAGGCAAAGGCACGGGCGAUUGAAGAUUUCUCCUCCAAGGUUCCGUUGCCGGAUGGGGCGCUGGGAGGGCGGCAAGGGGUGCAGUCCUCUCGAGAGCGGUACAAAUGGAAGUGCAAGCGGGCGCCGGGGGUUUGUGCAGAGGCGAUGGUGCUAGAGUGGAUGGCAGAGCCGCGAGUGGGUGUGCUGAUGGACCUUGGGAUUAUCAGAUCCCGCCUGCCGACCAUUCUAGGGGUGGCCGGUCCUGAUGCUGGAUCCCCUGCUCUUGCUACCGCUGCUCCUCCUGUUCCCGUGCUCGCCUGGUCCUGCUGCUACCGCUGCAGCGGCUGCUGGGCUGCCUACCGCCGUGCUGUCAGCUUCGCCACCUUCCUCGUGAUUGUAGCGAGGCUGCCCCGCAUUGUGACUCUAUGGAAGGCCCACGUGGACUCCGAUUCUGCCACGUUCCCAGGGGUAAUGCGUAAGCUGGGGGCUGUCAGGCAGGGAAAGGAGGAUCAGUUAGCCUCCCUGCUGGUGCAGGUGCUUGGGGUGAAGGAGGCUGGUGAGCUCAAGGAAGGGUUUGGGUUUUUCAUGCAGAACUUGCUGUCAGGGGGGGUGAGGGAGCGUGGGGAGGGGGAGAGGAAAGCAGGGGGAGCAGGGGGGGCGGGGGCGGGGGCGGGGAGGGGGGUUGGGGAGCAGGCGGGAGGGGAGGGAUGGCGGAUGUUUGAGGAGAUGAUGCGCAUGAUGGGCGCGAGUGAUGCUCCCACAGCAGCAGAUGUGAUGACGCGGAUGCGGCAUGUCAUGGGCGUGGACGGAGAGGAGGAGGGGGGCGGCACGGUGGCGUGUAUGGUGGAGAGGAGCGAGGCCGGGGGGAGGGGAGGGAGGCGUGGUGAGAGUGCUGGGAGGAAGGGUGGGAAGGAUGGUAAGUGGAGGGAGCACCUGAAAGGGCCUGUGUGGGAAAGGUAUGUGGAUGGCAUGACUUGGAUUCUGGAGCAUGGAGGGGGGGAAAGGAGGGAGUUCAAAUGCAGCCACUGCAGUGAGGGGGGCGACAGCAGCAGCAGCAGUGGGAUUUGCAGCAGUGGGAGCAGCAGCAGCAGUGGGAUUUGCAGCAGUGGGAGCAGCAGCAGCAGUGGGAUUUGCAGCAGUGGGAGCAGCAGCAGCAGCGGCGGCGGCGGCAGCAGCAGCAGUGGCAGCAGUGGUGGUGGAGGCAGCAGCAGCAGCAGCAGCCUGGACAGCAGGGGUGCUCCCAAGGGCAUGUAUCUGAGCGGCGUGGGCGCCACCGAAUUCGCCCUUGCAUUCGCCACUGUGAUUUCCAACAGUGGGCAGCGCAAGCAGGGCGAGGUGUUCUGUAUGGACGCCGAGAGUGUGAGGCAGUCACGCGUGGAAGAUGCAGUGAUUGAGGAGGCCAGAGGGAGGCUUAUGCGGGAGAAGGUGGGAAGGGAGGUGCAGGUGGGAGUGGGAGGUGCCAUAGAUGAUACAGCAGCUGCAUCGUCGGUCGUCAACAACACUAACCCGCUGUUCACCGACCCACCCGCCCCUUCCCUCGCCCCUGUCAACACGAACCCGAUCGUCUCAGCAAUGGCGUAUCGGGUCGGCUGUAUCCUGCAGUGGGUGCGAAUCUACGGCUCAGAUUUCAUCUCAGCUAGGAGGUGCUUCAAGAACAGCCCGCACGGCAGAAUCCUGCCCAUGCGGCACCCGCUUCGGGACCUUCCGAGCCUGCUGGUCAGGCUCGGUGCCAUCCCCAAGCCGCUGCCUUGGAAGCAGUUUCAUCCGGAGUGGGAGGAGUGGCCGCGGGGUGAGGAAGAUGCUGUGACGUUUCCUGACGAUCAGAGUGUGCGGUGUUUCCAUUUGGGGAUUGUAGAAGCGGCAGGGGUGGGAGAUCAGGAGAACAGGGGAAGCAGCAAGGCAGGUGACAGGGGAAGUGGCACGGGGAGCGGUGGGGGAAGCGGCGGGGGGAGCGGCGGGAAGCGUGGCAAGGGACGUGGCAGGGGGAGUGGCGAUAAGGGAGGAGGGGGAGCGCACCCUUCCAGAGCAGCAGCAGCAGCAGCACGUGAAAACAAAGCUGUGCCCAUCGUGCGUUGCGCAGCAGACGCUCAUUUCCUGGUGGAGUUUGCCGGGCAUCAGGUCUACCCCCCCGCGUGCGCCCGCUGCCGCUCGUGCCUGGACCAGUUCACCUACCACAUCCCCUUCCUCACCCUCCUCGCCAAUUUCGCCUACCGCCCCGCCACCGUCCUCCUCAACCGCUUCCUCUCCGUCUUUCCCCCCCGUUCGCCGGAAUUCGCUAAGCUCGUGGACCUGCUGCUGUUAGAGCCGUUCCCUCGGGGCACCUGUGCGGCAUUCCAGGUGCACGUGGUGAGGGAGAGAGCGGAGGAGCUUCCUGUUCACUUUUUGCUAAACGUGGCACUGAACUGGCCGAAUGCGAUGCUGCAGGUCGAGGAGAUUGGGAUGGUCGGUCGGGACGAGUGGAAGGGGGAGCUGCUGGGGGGGGCGGAAGGGAGGAAGGCAGGGAGAAGGACGCGUGGGGGUGGUGGGGGAGGGAGAGUAGAGGAAGGGGAAGAGGAGGAGGAUGAUGGGGAGGUGUGGGAGGAGGUGAAGGACUGGGGCUUUGCAGUGCUGAUUGCGUGGAGGACUGAUGCGAUGACCGAUCUGAUCGACGACUGCAGAAGAGGCAGCGGCGGCGGCGGGCCGCCACGCAAGUGCAGCAAGGACGUGGCGACAGAGCUGUGCAACAGGUGCCUGGAGUUGCGGUUCUGUGAGGAAUGGGAUGAGGGGGUUCCGCCUGCCAGCAGCAGCACCUUCUACAGCAGCGGCGGCGGCAGCAGCAGCAGCAGCGGAAGGAGCAGUGGUAGUAAGAGUGGCAAAGCGGGGAAGGGGAAGGGGAAGAGCGAGGAGGAGGAGGUGCCGGCUUAUCUGAAGGCAUGGCCGGGAGGGGUCAAUCUGGUGGCUUGCCUGCGUGAGAUGCUGCUGGGGAAGCCCUGCUACCGCCCUGCCCCUGCUGUUGCACCAAGCACUGCUGCUGCUGCUGCUGCUGCUGCUGCUGCUGCUGCUGCUGCUGCUGCACCAAAAUCUGCUGCUGCUGCUGCUGCUGCACCAAAAUCUGCUGCUGCUGCUGCUGCUGCUGCUGCUGCACCAAAAUCUGCUGCUGCUUCUGCUUCAAGUUCCGUUGCGAAUGCACAUCAAGUCAGUCCAGGGCCCGGGGGUUCCAGGAGGCGUGUGUGCGGUGCUGCAGGGUGCGGCGCGGUGGAGGGCGGUGGUGUGAAGCUGAGGAGCUGCUCUGGGUGUGGCAGGGUGGCGUAUUGCGGCAGGGACUGCCAGAAGGCCCACUGGCCCUCCCACAAGCUUGCAUGCCCUGGCAGGGCCGGUGGGAAGAAGAGCAGUGACUAA